AUGCAAGUAUAUAAGGACCUUGAAUUAAUCGUUGAAGCAUUACGUGAAUCACCAGAAUUAUUAGAAGUGGAUGAAGCAGGUGAACAUGUUAGAAGAAAACUCCCACUUUUAAUGGAAGUACCUAUCCAUGUUAAGCAAUCAGCUAUUUGGAGGACUAUAUAUGCAAAAGGAUUUGGUGAUACAUUAAUUCCGUCACUUGAAAAAGAGGUUAAAAGCUUCUUUUCUCAAUAUGGCAAUGCCCAAAAGGUCUUUGCCAGAAGGGAUAAUACUGGAAAUUUUAAGGCAGAAAAAGUUAAAGGAAUGGAGUUGACUUUUCAUGAUACAAAACUUCUAAUGAUGAUGAAAUUUGAUUAUUGUGAAAUGAAAUGUGUCGAAAAAGGACUUGAUCCUAACACAAUGCGCAAACCACAGAAUGAGAAUAACAGAAAAAACCUAAAAAUUAAAAAUAAUAGUUUAAUACAAUUUUCAAGUGCAGGAGAAAAUAUUGAUUGUUUUUCAAUUAAAGGACUUGUUGAACAAAAAUAUGCUAAAGUAUCAUAUGUGCAAUAUAAAGAAAAAGAACCUUCAGGAAUUAUAGAACUUAUGGAAUCUGGGGCUGAUGCUAUUGUUAAAUCUAUGUUGCAAGAUAAUUUUACCUUAGGUGGUGAUAAACUUACUCUCAAAGUAUUAGAUGGUUCAGAGGAAUUGAGAUACUUUGUUAACAAACAAGCAUAUUUUAAGAAUAAAAAGAGAAAAAGCGAUAUAAAUAUUACAACCAAUAAAAAUAAAAGAAAUAG